AUUUUGCGCGGGGAGAGAGCGCGGCGCUGUCCUUGGUGCUGAUCUCCUUUCACUCCCGCCGGAAACAGAGGAGCCGGAGGAGGAGGAGCAGGAGGAGCCUUGCAUCCACGGGGAAGGCUCUUUCUUCAUUGCCAAGCAAACCCGUCGCAUCCGCGCCUGGAAAGCUUCCCUGGGCAGUUACUGUUGGGGCCCUGCCUUUCUUCCCUCCUUGUGUCUCUCUCCCUUCCUUCAUUCCUUCCUUCUUGAUCUCCCUCUUUUCCUUCCUUCCUUCCUUCUUGAUCUCCCUCUUUUCCUUCCUUCCUUCCAUCCUUCCUUCCUUCUUGGUCUCCCUCUUUUCCUUCCUUCCUUCCUUCCAUCCAUCCAUCUCCCUUUCUGCCCCGUCCUGGGCCAUGGCGGGGCGUGGGCGGCGUGGGCGCCAGGCCUCUUCCUCCUCCUCCUCCUCCUCCUCCUCGUCCUAAGUGAGGAAGGCCUUCCCAGGCGGCGAGGCCCAUGUCGGGCUGCGGCAUGGAGGCGGACUACCCCGCCUUCGAGAACCCGCUCUGCGGCGAGCUCAAGCACAUCUGCAAGCGGCUCCGGGAGACCUACAAGGAGAUCAAGGAGGACCUCACCCCCUACAAGGAGGAGCGCUACUACAGGCUGGCCCCAAUGCGAUUGUAUACACUGUCGAAGCGCCACUUUGUCUUGGUUGUUGUUGUCUUCUUCCUCUGUUUUGGUUUGACUAUCUUAAUUGGGAUUGUAGGUCCCAAUGUCAUUGUUUCAGCAACAACUCAGUUGAAUAAUAGUUCCAAGAUAAGCCAGUUUAAUUUAAGUUCGCAACCAUUAUCUACUUACAAUCAACAGUUGUGGCUGACAUGCACAAUGCAGUUGGGCCAGCCUUAUGAUGAGAAAUGGAAAAACUUGGAAGUUCCCUUUAAUAUGUCAGUUACAAUACGUGGAGUCACAAAGAAUGCAAGCGUUCAACAUUUCAACAAAGAAAAAUACAACCAAACAAGGAUGCUCAGUUGUGCACCACAAUGCGCUGAAAUUAUUGUGCUACAUCUUGGUCACCUAAACUACAUUCGUUAUGAAAUCAGCAUCUCCUUUGAGAAUCUUCCUCCAUUCUACCAGAUCAAGAGUUAUAACUUCACAUGGAAAACCUAUAACCCAUCCUUCUCACAAAUGGAAAUCUGGUUUCGAUUUGUCUUUGUUGUCCUUACUUUCAUAGUCACAUGUCUCUUUGCACACUCGCUGCGAAAGUUCUCCAUGCGUGACUGGGGAAUUGAGCAAAAGUGGAUGUCCAUCCUUCUACCUCUGCUGUUGCUUUAUAAUGAUCCCUUUUUCCCUCUCUCAUUCCUAAUCAGUAGCUGGUUUCCUGGAAUGCUGGAUGACCUCUUCCAGUCACUGUUCCUGUGUGCUUUGUUGCUCUUCUGGCUCUGUGUUUAUCAUGGUAUCAGAGUGCAGGGGGAAAGGAAGUGUUUAACAUUCUAUUUUCCCAAAUUCCUUAUUGUUGGUCUACUGUGGUUGGCUUCUGUUACGUUAGGAAUAUGGCAGACUGUCAAUGAACUACAUGAUCCAACAUACCAGUAUGGGAUUGACGGAAAUAACUUUCAAGGAAUGAAAAUCUUCUUCCUUGUGGUAGCAAUUGUGUACAUUUUGUACCUUUUGUUCCUGAUCAUCAGAGCCUGCUCAGAACUUCGUAACCUGCCCUAUGUUGAUCUCAGGUUGAAAUUCUUGACUGCGCUGACAUUUGUUGUGCUUAUCUUUAGCAUUGCUAUACUUUAUUUGCGUUUUGGAACACAAGUUCUACAGGACAACUUUGUUGAACUCUCAACUCAUUAUCAUAAUUCUGCAGAAUUCUUAUCCUUUUACGGCUUACUGAACUUCUAUCUAUACACUUUAGCCUUUGUGUAUUCUCCAUCAAAAAAUGCCCUGUAUGAGUCUCAAUUGAAAGACAAUCCUGCUUUUUCCAUGCUGAAUGACUCAGAUGAUGAUGUGAUUUAUGGGAGUGAUUAUGAAGAAAUGCCUCUUCAGAAUGGCCAAGCUAUCAGAGCAAAAUUCAAGGAAGAAUCGGACAGCGAUUAAAGCUUCCAUUAAAGUGACCUGCUGUAUGAGAACUAGAAGCAGUGUUGACUUUUCCUGUGUUUCUGCCAUGUCUACAGUUAACUAAGGCUAUUCUUCUGUGGAAAUACUUCCUGUUUCUCCCUCUGUGUUUACAAAUUUCAAAGUUAAGUGUGUGUAGGAGGGAGAGUUUUAGUUUUUUAUAAAAAAAAAUGUGGUUUUAUGAAAUCCAAAAGCACUAACUGUAAAAAAGAAAAAGACACUUGUAGGGUGCCACCAGAUUCUUCAGCCCAAGAGGCCUUGAGCUUAAUAGUUCAUUUUGAUCAUGAGUUUCAUAGUUGCUUCACAGCCAUUAUCCUGAAGGUUAUAUUCAAGAAUAUAUCCUUUAAGCUGGAAACUAGGCGGGAUAGAGGAGGAAACAGAGUUCCUCAACUAAAAAUGUUCAGAUCCCAAACCUACCUAGAGAUUGGGAUCUUAUUUCAAUGAGGGAGAGCGGAGAGGUAAGAAUCACAAUUGUGAUUAAACUUUGCUGUGAUUUGCGUUCAUGAAGUGAGCUAGAUUUUUUUCCAGUUUGUGAGCCGUGAACAGUGUUUCAGUCUUUUCUGAGACUAAAGUAUAUCUAUAUAAAAUUAUCAGGCAAAACAAUCUGAGCAAGAGAAUUGUUCCAUGACUCUUUUUCUUAUAAUAUUUAAAUUAAAUCAUUAAACUGAUUAUCUUAGGAAAAAACAUAGCCUCGUUACCUGAGCAUAUUCUGCACAUAUAGAUCUUUAUAGGUUAGUUUUUUUUAAUUAAAGGGAACAAUUGUACCUCACACACACAUUUUUGUAAUCUUUCCCUAGAUCUCCCCCCCCCCCCCCCCAAUAAAGGUAGUACUCUGGCCAUUAAGAACCAGUAGCAUAGAAGCAAGCACAUAAUGUGUGUUGGAUUAGUACUUAAGUAAUGUAUGUACAUGGAACUUCAUUUAAGGGAGCAAGAUACAAAAAUAGUUGUUUAGUUAUUUUGUUAAGCUAAUUUUUGCAUUGGCAAAUGAAGGUUCAAAUUGCACAAUAAUCUUUUGGUUAGAACUCUGGGAAUGACUCCCUGGGUUAAGGGAGUCAUUCGGAAGGCGCUUUAAAUAGUCUUUGCAUGAUGGCAGUCCCAUGUGCUGACUGGAAUGUGUAAGGUUAAUCGUAGUGCAUGAGUACAAUGGGAGCCAAUUGUUCUUCAUUUGCCAGUUAUGUGAUGGCACAGUGAGGAAUCAGUGUAGUAGUGUUGAGCUUGCUCAGAGUUGAGUCAAAAUUUAAUCUGAGCCAUUUUAGAUCCUGCUUUGAAGCAAAUUUGUAUUUGAGCCCCCCCCCCCCCCCCCCCCCGGACAUGCUUUAAAAGGCUGGUGUUCUUGUGUGGAUACAUUCUUUUCUCGACUGUUUUUGAAUUUUACGCUACUGAACAUGACAUGACUUACCAAAAUGGUGUUGCCAGCCACCAUUUGUUGAGUAUUUCUCUUGUCUCCUGUCUUUGUGGCCUUGGUUCCAAACAGAUCCUGUGAAUUGGUAUUAGAGAAGAUUAACUUUCCUCAGUAGUUUCCACAUACCUCACGAAAAUAUGUCAGUAUUUCUCUGUGCUUUCAAAACCACACUUCUUAUUCAUGAGUUAUACUACAAGGUGAGGUGAAAUCAACCAAUAGCUUAAGGAUGAAUGUUCAUUUCUGCUGUUCACACUUGAAUUGUUGCAGUUUUAUGUCUCUUGCUUUUCAAAUAAUACCGUCAAGUGGCGAAACAGUCUUCUCCACAUUUCAUUCUGCAUUCAAGUCACAAGUUGUAGACGAUAGAAGGUUACAUGUGGGGAGGAAGUUCUUGCCUUUGUGCAAGAGGAAGGCAUGGACAAGUGGCCUCCCAACUGAGUUCAAGGGGAAAAGGCUGAGCGUGCCCAUGAAAUACUGCAUGCUUAACUUUGGAUCCCACAAACAGAAGUAUGUAAUAAGUGAUAUCACGAGGCAACUAAUAUAUUGUGAAGGUUUACUUCAUUUUUGCAAGUUUUUUGUCUACACUGGACCUAAAGCUAUUAGAAUGUGCUGUUGCAUAUCAGAAGCCCUAAAUCUUUAAUGUUAUGAUCAGCUCAGUUUGAAACAUCACUUUGGCUGAAAGUCAGGUGUUGGGCUAAAAUCAUUUCAGAUACCUUUGUUCUGUGGCGUUUUAACAUAUUAGAGUACUUGUAUAUAGUUAACCUAUAGUUUUUUUACAGUAAAUUAAAGCCAAAUAAGAAGAGUAUAUUCAAAUUUGUUAUAAAAAGAACUGGGAAAAUUAUUUUUCCUAGUCUUUUUUACUACUUUGUUUACUCCUGGUAAUCAUGUGUAAAAAAAACAUGCUGCUUGCCAUUGAUGUAUGCAUUCCUCCAAAUUGUUGGCUUUGUUUUUCUAAGUUUUUAAAAAUCUGAUUUUGCUUGACAUUCCAGGUUGCUUUUUCCCCAUUUAAGUUUAGAGAAAAUGAAUGGAUUGCUGAAUUCAUUUCCUUAUUAAAUGUCUCUCAGUUAAUUAUACUAUAAGAAAUUGCAAUUUUAUUUUUUAAAGCUGGUUAAGGUGUAUUGAUUUUUGCGGAAGAAUUUAAAACCUGCUUAGUUACUUCCCCUUAAGUCAGUGAGAUUUCAAUGUCCUUAACUCUGGCUUCAUUAUACUGCUAAUAUUGCCGUCUUUUGUGUAAAAAAUCUAAAAUUUACAAAAUUAUUUUAUUGUACAGCUCAUCUUGAGCUUCAUUUUCUAGAUUGGGUUCCUGAAAAGGUUUGACAGUCAACACUCAAAUGGUGCGCCUUUUUUUACAAGGAAGGAAUUCUUGAAGUCUAGGUGAAUAGGCUGCAUUGUAGUUCAGAAAGUUUUUGUGGGAAGAAAAUGUUUUAUUGAUGUUGCCAAUUUGUUAAAAAUGUUACCACAAAGGCCAUUGCUUUAUGUUUCGUGAGUGCAAGACGCAACUAAAAAUCCAGGAGCAUUGUUGUGCUUGCUGUUUGAUGUGCUCAGGUGUAUUUCUAAUUUACACCUAUUUCUCUCUGUUCCUGAUAUAAUCAUGUUCACAUUUGUAUUCUCAUUGCGAUAUUAUCAUUAAACCUGUAUAGAUAAAAUGAUCUGAAAAUCCGGAUUGUUAUCUCUGAAGUGGACCAAAGUCUUGAAUUAAAACGGAAAGGGAAUCUCAAUGCCAGUAAACCUAAGAUGGGGCAGCAUAACUAGAGUUGUGUUGAACGUUCAGUUUCAGAUUUUUGAACAGAAACUGGACAUUUUGAUGAAAAUCACCACGGUCCUAAAGGCAAUAUAAAUAUUCGGCUUAUAACAGUCCUGGUGAUUGUCACUAGUUUUGUCUUCUAGGGGCACCUCAUGUUGCUUUAGCGUCCUUCUCUUUGUGUCUGCUGCCUCUUUGUUCCUGGCUCAGUCAGGAUAAUGUAAUGAAGGAGUUCAGUGUCAUAGCUGCCAUCUAGUCAAUCAGAUUUGUCUGUGUGAUGAUGAUUUUAAACAAAGAAAUUCUUUUUUUUAAAACCAUUCAUUUCUCAAAAACUAGAAGCUUUUCAUUAGUAAUUUAAUAUGAGUUCUAAAUGUAACGCAAUAGGACCAUAUGAUUGCUAACCGAUUAUAACAGUUUAUAACAAGGUAGAACAAUUGAGGGAAAAACCCUAAAUUUUGCUUUUAGCAAGAGUCAUAGUCUGAUUCUUGGCAGGCUUACUUGGAAGCAAGCCCUAUUUGGUUCAGGGGGACUACUCCUACCUGAAGGGCAAAAUCUUGUGGCCUUCAAAUGACAAUAUUUUAGACUGGCAACUGAGCAAAAAAAGUUGUUGAAUUAAAUGGUAUAGUUUUCUGUGUUGCAUUUUGUAACCCUAUUUUUCAAUUGUGUCCAUAAUUAAUAUGAAAAAGUUCUGACAUCACUGUAUGACUGAACCAGAUACUUGUAAAUAGAUGUAAAAAGAAGUAAAUCUCUAGAAAAUAUUUUACAACAAAAUAUGGCUAGAGCAUUUUAAAACUGAAUAUUCCUGAGAAAUUAUAUAGUUUUGCUUCUCAGCAUGGUUUAUCCUAAUGUGUCAUCUCCAUUCUUCAGGGGAAAUGCUGUUUGUAAUUAUGAUAGCAGUGGGCAACAUUGGUGAUAACAUACACUGAACAGCAAUCUAAGAGCAAAAUUAAUAUUUACAUUUAGUACAUAAUUGGGUUUUGAAAUGCUUUGGAGAUGCUGCAUAUAAUGAAGUCAUUAUGCUCAAGAUGUUCAUAACAAAUCAUUGUGUUCAACAUGUUCAUAAUAAAGUUUUAUAUUGAG